GAUGGUGGGUGUUUGUCAUUUUGUGGAUAUUUCAUACUUUCUUUUGCGCUUUGCAGAGUUUAAUAAUUUUAUUUUCUUCCCAUUCAAAAUAUUUAGGUUUCUGUCUGCCACAUUAAAACCUUAUCUAACUGCCAUUAGGCACACACUGGAGGCAGCCAUGUGUCUGCAAAAUUUCAAUUCACAGAACGUAGAACGACAUAAUAAACCAGAAGUAGAAGUAAAAAGCAGUAAAGAACUUCUUUUGACCCCAGUAGUAAUAAGCCGAAAUAAGCAAGAACGAGUUUUAAUAGAAGGUUCAAUCAACUCAUUACGAAUAAGCAUAGGUGUAAAACAGAGUGAUGAAAUAGAAAAGAUAUUAUGUCACAAGUUUAUGCGGUUUAUGAUGAUGAGGGCUGAAAACUUUGUAGUGCUAAGGAGAAAACCAGUAGAGGGUUAUGAUAUUAGUUUCCUGAUCACAAAUUUCCACACAGAGCAAAUGUUCAAACACAAGCUAGUUGACUUCAUCAUUCAUUUUAUGGAAGAAAUAGACAAAGAAAUCAAUGACAUGAAACUAGCAGUAAAUUCACGUGCUCGUCUUAGUGCAGAGGAGUUCUUGAAACGAUUUUAACCUAUAUUAAAUUAUUGUAUUUAGGGGAACUUCAUGUACCAUCAAAGACUUUGAAAAGUUCUGCUCAUACAAUACAUUACAGUCAUGUAUGCUCAGUUGUUGCUGAAUGCUCUAAAAUGGAAAAACAUUACCAUACAGUUGUUCUGUGCUGGUCCAUGGUUUUAAAACUCAGUUUGAAGACCAGUCUCAGAGUGCCUUGAUGCCAUUGGUCAGUUUCAAAUUUGUGCACAGAAACAACCAAUCAGAUGCUACAGUUUUGAAACUGGUCCUCUAUUGCAGUUUUCUUACCUUUUAACCUGUUUAUAAUUCAUCAGAAAUAUUUUAUGAAAUUUUUUUUGGGUUAUUGGAUGUCUAGCAAAUGUAUAAAAUCAUUUCUUUUGGGAAAAAUAAUAAAAUUUAAUGUGCUGUUGAAACUUGUGAAGGUUGAAAUUCUAUUAUUUGUAUUUGAAAAUAUAGUCGCCCACAUUUCACUAUUUAGAAAAUACACUGUGUAUUUCUGUGAGUGUAUCCAAAUGUUUUAAAUGCUGUUAACAGUGAUUCCAAGGUAUUAUUUGUUAAAUACACAAAAAUACAUUCUUGUUUGCAGUAUUUAAAAUUAGCCUUCUUUAAGUGAAAUAUUAGAGCUGAAAUGUGUAAAAUUUUAUUUUUUGUAAAUGCAAAUGAUUUCAAGCAUUAAAGUUUUAACCCUUAUCAUGCUGAACACAACUGAGUCUGCCUUUGCAAACAGUGCAGAUCUUGAUCUGCACUGUUCAUCAUUCAGUCGGCAUCCUUUUGGUAUGCACCCCUUUAAGCAGUUAAUGAUACUGUCCAAAUUGAAAGGUUAUUACAGAUAUUUAGCAGGUUAAGGGUUUUAAGUGCAUACCUAACUGUAAAAAUUGCCUAUGUUAGUUUGUCUGAAUGUUGGUGGGGUGUCUGUGUGUUAUUUUGAGGGAGGGCAUUUUAUCAGAUGAAGUAUGUUAUUGAACAAAUCAGCAAUAGAAGUGCAAUGUACUCCUUUGUUCUGUUCCAGGAAAACCUGAACUUAUAGGAUAUGUGCCUGAAAUCUUAUAUUAUGUGCUUGUAGCUAAACAUAUUUAAUGGAGGCAUUUACCUGUUGAUAUACAAAUUGUAAAUCAUAAAGGUCAAAGGUUUUCGCAUAUACAUUUUGGAUAUGUUGAUUAUGAUUGUGUAAUAUUUUGAUUAGUUUCUUACAAUCUUCAUGGCAGUCCAUAGACACAGUUUAUAAUGUAAACAGUUAUACAGUAAUUUAUUGAAGAGCUAAAAGUGCAUUUUAAAAGUUAAAUAUAAUCUUUAUAUAACAGUUACAAAUGUGAAUAGGAUUGGCAGAAUGUAUACUUGCUUAGAAAAAUCCUUUCUUCCAAGUUGCAUAGUAUUGACUCAAGUAUACAAGAACAUUUGGGGAAAGACGCUGUCAUUAAAAAAAAAAUGUUAUUUUGUGAAUGCUGAUUGUUAGACAAAGCCUGCAUGUUAUACUGGGUCCCAAUUUAUCAGCAGGUCUGAACCUUUACAUAAAAGCAACAAAUAUUCAACAUUCCAUAUCUUUGUAACAUGCAUGCUUACAAAAUUUGCAGAGCUAUCUAUAUCUACAGAAUGCACAUUUAUGCAAAGUUUCAUAGCUAUAUGUGCUAUUUGAAGUAUUACAGGGAAAAAGAAAAUUUUACAUUUUGAAGUCUAUGUUUCUAUGUUGAUGAAUGUGGGCUCAGUACAUAAGAUUGCAUUUGUUAAUGUAUUGUUACAGAUCUAUGAUUACAUGGCUCAAUGCAAGUUGAAAUUUUUAAAAAUUUACACUACAUAAUUAUUGUAUUGCUGGCAUGUAACCACACUUCUGUAAAACAGGAUGUUCUUUUAGAAACUUUGAAGAAACAAUUUUGGUGAAAGAUUGAGCACUGCUCUGUGUAAAGUAUAUUUUGUUCAGUUACUUAUUAUUUUUAGGUUAUAAAAGGUUACAUAUAUCUUUAUAUUGAUGUUCACACUAACAGUUCCUUCCUGUUUCUUUACUAUCUUACUUGGUCUAGACCAAAUAAUAGGACGUUUCGGGACAGUGUGAUAACUUUUAACUGUCGCAGUGAGGUAUGACAGCUAUAAAAUACCAGAUCAUAAAAUAAGUCAUCCCGAUGAGCCAAAUGGGUAAGGUUACUUUCUUACUUAAGACUCAUUUGAAGAAAAAGGUCACCCAUUACAUUUGUCUAUGUGACAAAAUGCACAAUAAUUCAUUAGUAGAUUCUCGUGUGAUAGAAGCCUUGCAUUUCAUCUAUACAGAAUAGAGGCUUUUAACAUUCCAACUUAUUUAUCAUUAUACACUAUAUAAGAGCUUUUUUUAACCGAGAUUUGCUCUUAACUUAGUAUAAUUUGUACCUAUAGGAACCUUAGAAAAUAGGCUUAAAUACCUAUACAUCUAUAUCCCGUUUUAAAUGCCUGGGCAUAUUUGAACUUGUGUAACAUUUGGUGCAUUGUGAAAUAUAAUGAGUUUUAUGUUACUGAUAAUAUUUUAUAAAUAUGCAAUAUCUGAAAUUCAUUGGUCUGACGUCGGACAUUUCAUUCAAAACUACAUGUAGAUCACUAAUUUCCAUUCUUGUAGACUUUGAAAACCGAGCUAGCCUAAGAAAGUUACCAGAACCAAUUUUGACUCCAGACAUGGCAUUUGUAUAUCCCUGAACAAGAUUUUGAAUGAUUGAAUGAAACAUUGCUUUUCCUGUAUUAUAAGGUGUUGCAAAUAUUACUUUCAUGAAAGAUAUGAAGAAUGUUGACUUACCGAAAUUGUGGUGAAUUCUACCAGUGAAUUUUUUUAUACAUUUACUGAAUAGCUUGGCCAUUUGAUAGUCAAAACUAUUGUCCGAGUUUUGAAGGACAAGCGUAAAUAGUUUCCCCUAUUGACCAGCAAGUCAUUCCAGAAAUGUCUAGUAGAUGAUAAUUUCAGUAGAUAGUUUACAAUACAAUUUUGAAUUUAGCAUUCAUCAGUACUUAAAUGCACAAGUAGAAUCUGUUCCUCUCCCUUCAAAUUUUUUAGUUUAAGACGUAAAAUAAUUCACAGUAGUCAGUUUUUAGAUAGAAGUUUUAUAUCUCUUGAUGGUUUAGCUGAGUACAUGACAAAAUAUAAAUUGUGAAAAUCAUUUUGAAGGAUUAAGCAGGGAGGUAAGAUGUUUAGAUGCAUAUGCAGGGAUUUAAGGGAGCGAAUGGCAUGACAUAGAAAAGAGACACCAUGGAGAUUUUCAUGUUUCACAUCUAAGCACCAGACAGGGUCAAUAAUAAAUUACAUGUAUAUGAAUUGAACUCUAAACACUAAAUUUGCUGCCAUUUUUCAGUCAUUCUGCCGUCGUCUGUUAAAGCACAGCAUAAGCAGUUGGACGUCAGACCUUGAGACUUUAAUCCUUUGACAUGCCUCCUAUUUUCUUUGUUACUCUAUGUGUAAUCAUGUUAUCAAGUUCUGUUGUAUGAUACUUCUAAUUGUAAAAAUUGUGCUAGUUGAAAAUACAUGUAAUAUUUAUACAUGAACAAUAAUUGCUAUGCAUAUGAUAAUAAUAAAUAUAUUGUUUUUAAAAAGUGA